AUGCCAAAACGAAAAAAUGAUGAUGUCACUGCAGACGACGAGGAUGAUGAAACGAACUCACGAGAGAAAUCUACUCAGCAAAAACAACAACAACAACAACCAUCACAGAAAGUCUAUGAUUUUCACAAGAAAACUAUCGAAGUUUAUCCUCAACGUUUACUCGAGUUGAAUCGACAGUUUGUCGCAUCCAUUACCUCUCAAGUCGAAGCUGAAGAAUAUAGUGUUCUUGUUGGAAACUGUCUCGACUAUGUUCGUCAAUAUUUUAACUAUGAAGAUGAUCUAUUGCAAUAUUCACCAUGGUUAGUAACAAGACUUAAACAAUCUCGUUCAGAUAUCGUCAAAUGUUUACAAGAGACAAUCGACGUUUACGAAGCACUUGCACGUCAUGAUUUUGAUCGUAUAAUCGAGAAGAGCUCUAAUGGACUAUCAUCAGAUGAUACAGCGAAAAAUAAAACUGCUCCAGAAGUUCAACCAUCAUCAACGUUUCAAUUUCGUCCAGCAGCAACUACUGCAUCAUCAUCCUCAGUAUUAAGCUUUCCCAAAGCAACUACAACUACUGCAGCUACUACUUCUGCUGUCACUACUACGACUAGCGAUACGAUUGGGUUUAGUUUUGGACAAACAACAACCACGACAGCAAGUAGUAGCACGUUGCCGUCAACUGGUUCUACUUUUUCUAAACCACCACCACCAUCAAUAACAACAACAACAACAUCAUCGUCAUCAUCAUCGACGACGACGACAACAACAACUGGAUUUAAUCUAUCAAAACCUGUAACAACGGCAGCUAGUGAUUCACUACCUUCAUCUGGUUUUAUCUUUUCCAAACCAAUUACUGCAACAACACUAACACCAACAACAACCAGCGACUUGACACCACCAACUGGCUUUAGUUUUAAACUGCCAUCAGCAUCAACAUCGGCAUCACCAGAUAAACAAACGAGCACAUCACCAUUUGCAUUCAGCAUACCGUCAACAGGAUUUGGAACGUCAACAUUCAACUCUCCUUCUUUCGGCAAUCUGGGAAGCGCAGAAAAGACAACCACUGGUUCAGCGUCGUCCAUCAGUUUUGCUUCACCUCCGAAAUUUUCAUUUGGAUCAACGCCAGCGAUAAGCGCAGAACAACCGGCUACGGGAGAAGAUAAUGAAGAUGAAUCAGCUGAACCACCUGAACCAGAGAAAGUUGAACACGAAGCCGAUGCCAAGCUAACCUACAGAUGUCGAAUGGGAGUGGUGAAGCUAAAAGAAAAUAAAUUAAUCAAACGUGGACCUGUACAAGUUGUGCUGAAGGAAAGCAAUGGAAAGCAUCAGCUAAUCAUUCGAUCUGAUGAUGCUUUAGGACGAUUAUAUUUGAAUAUUCUUUGGGCAAAACCCAUCGAAGCAACAAAGAAUUCUAGUAAAGAUCUUACCUUUGUUUGUGCGAUAAAUCCAGGCAUGCCUGAAAUCAAAGAAGGUGAAUUUGGCAAGGUGUUAUUGCGGUUCGAUAAUGAAACUGAUCGAAACGAUGCUCACGACAAGCUCAACAAAGAACUUUGA